AUGGCCAUUGAGAGACUUGCUGUUGCCCUACCACAAUUGGUAGUAAUUUCAAACACGAAUGUCGAGAUUCCGGAUUACGUUACGUCCUGGGAACCCGACUUUGGAACAGCGGGUUUCAACCGCUACACUCGGAGGAGGGGAAACAUUAACCACGUGCAUUCGUCGGUGUCAACCAGAAACCAGGAUAUUAGAAAACUUGUGGAAGAGGCCGGCACAGUAUUGACUCUUGUAAUCGCCGGGAGCAUUGCCAAAGCACAGAAGUUACAGCGUGUUCUUGGUAGUGAAAACUUCACCCUGGUGCACUCGAGGAUGCCAGACGACGUCCAAAUGACGCGUGUCGUGCAUUUUCUACGUGGAGAGACAUCAACCAUUAUCCAUGGGGAGAUAUCGUUCAUUGAGUGCCGGAUUUCCCCCCCAUCUAGCCUAGACCUGGCGGAUGCCAGACUCAUUAUUUUCGAGGAGCCACCGGCCAGAUAG